CAGGGCUUGAGAGCUUCGACAGAGGCUCGCAAAUAGAGGCGUGCAGGAGGGCCUGCGCCGUCACCGCAUUGACACCCUGCGUUCAGGAGUGUCUAGCCUGGACCAUUUCCAGGACCUGCGCAGCUUUGUUUCGUCCCCGCGGCGCGUCCCCUGCUGAAAACAAGGGGUGCUCGCUCCGUCGCGAAACAGCUAGAUUUUGCCCGCGGCCCCCCAGAGCCGCCAGCCUGCGACCCGGGAGAGAUCCUCCGGAGCACGCGGCAGCCUGCGACGCGCGCCAAGCGCGGACCGCGGCGUUUAACAGGAAAAGCCUGCGACGAGCACAAGCUCGGACCGCGGCGAAUACUAACAGGAAGAGCCCCCGCAGCGCGGCGAAACCUGCGGAUCGGCCGCGAUGGCCGAGGCAGGCACGCAGCCCAAGCGGAGCUUCCGCCCCGCGUGGCGCAAGGACGGCGGGUCCUUCGGCGCGCCCACGACGCCGAAGCAAGAAGAACCGGAGGAGCAGCAGAAUGGCGCGCCGCCGGGGAGCCCGCGCCAGCCCUUCGGCGCGCCGCCCGUGACGAGCGACUGGCAGACGAACGGCGCGCCGAGAAGGGAGCAGAGGCCGCGGCGCGAGCAGCGGCCGCGGCUCCAGAGCAACGCGUCGGCGUCGAGCGCCGACGCGCCGUCCCAGCGCAUCCGCAAGGCCCCCCAGGUCACCUUCGACAAGGCCGCGCUGCUGAAGCUGCGGAAGCGGACGGUGUUGCUCGAGAGCAUGCGCGCGGCUUUACCGCGCGAGAUCACGUCGAACGACCCCCUCGACCCGCUGUCUAUCAAUAGACGCCCGACCGUCGAGCAGAUCGGCCAGCAGUGGGCGCGGGCCCAGCCCGUCGGGAGGCAGAAGGAGCGCGCGCCGCCCGAGAACGGCGAAGCCCUGGAACGAGGCCGGAAGGCGCCGCCGCCUCAAUCUGAGAAGGAGAAGGGCCCCUGGGAGCGCGGCAUGUCCGUGCCCCAGCGCCAGGCCGGCGGCGAGAAGCUCUGGGACGAUCUAGAUGCGGAAACCUUUGGGGACCAUGAUGGGUCCGCGGCCCUGUCGAACUGGGCCGAGCAGGCGAAAGCUUUUGAGGCCGAGAUGCAGGCCAUGCGGAAAGCCGGUGGUGGGAAAUUACCGGGCGAGCCCGUGGGCAACAAGGACAUGUUCGGGGCCGCGUUCAGCGAAGCGCCGGACGUCGCGCCCGCUUUGACGGGCCAGGAGGACGCCGAAGAACUAGCACAACGAGCUCGGGCCGCGGCGGCGCUCCAAGCUCUGGAGGAGGCGGCAGCCAAGCCCGCGCCGCCGCCCCAACGUGCACAACCGGCAGACGACGGCCGCUGGCGCGUGCUGCCGUGGUUCUACCGCGACCCGCAGGGCGCGGUGCAGGGCCCCUUCGAGGCCACCCAGAUGCGCCAGUGGUUCCAGGCGGGCUACUUCGACGAUGAUUUGCCCUUGCGCCAGGGGUCGAACGGCGACUUCCACUCAUUAAAACUGCUCUUCACGAACCCGCCGGGCGACGCCUUCGUCACGAAGCCCAAGGACCUCUCGGCGCCGCCGCCGCCCAAACCCGCGCCGGCGCCGCCGCCCGCGGCCCCGGGCAUGUUCGGCCGCCCCGGUCUGGUGGUAGACGACCAGCCGGCGCCGCCGCAGAACCAGGGCUUCAACUUCAUGUGGGGCGGCGGCCAGCCCGCUCAACCUCAACCGCCGGCGCCGCCGCAGCAGCUCGACUACGCCAUGGGCGGUUUAGGUAUUGGCGGUCUGAGGACGGCGCCGCCGGCGCCCGCGCCCGCGCCGAAGCCCCGGCCCGCGCCGCGCGCGCCGCCGCCGGCGCCGGCCCCGGCGCCGCCGGCGGCGCCGCCGCCCCAACCCGCGCCGCCCGUCUGGCAGCAGGCCGGCGGCAACCGCCGCGGCAAGGGCCAGUCCAUGGCCGAGAUCCAGGCCCAGGAGGCCGCGGCCCAGCAGGCCCAGCAGCGCCAGCAGCAGCAGGCCCAGCGCCAGUCGCAGCAGCAGCGCCAGGCGCCCCCCGCCAGUAUGGCCGCGCGCCUCGCGGCCCAGCAGCCGCCGCCGCCGGCCGCGCGGCCCGCGCCCGCGCGCGCCGCGCCGGCGGCGCGCCAGGCGCCGCCGGCGGCGGCCCGCCCGGCCGCGCGCCCGGCCCAGCAGCCCCAGUACAACGCGGCCCCACCGAAAGCCCAGACGGGCCAGAAGGCCUUUGGGGGCCCCGUCGCGACGUCGGACCCCAAGGCCCUCGAGACGUGGUCCAAGACGCAGCUCAAGAAGAUUACCGGUAGCGACGACCUGACGUUGGUGCAUUUCUGCAUGACGCUCGCCGACUCGUCCGAGAUCCGCCAGUACCUCUCCCUGUAUCUGGGCAGCACGCCCCAGGUCGCGGCCUUCGCGAACGAGUUCAUCCAGCGCAAGAGCGGCAAGGCCGACACGAAGACGACCAACAUCUCGACGGCGCCGCGCCAGGCCGUGCAAACUCAACAGCGCAAGGAGGAGCCGAUGCAGCCCGUAAAGACGGGCCGCCGCCGCGGCCGACGCGCGAACAAGGCGGGAUAGGCGGCAGGCGCGCCGCCCUCGGUGACGCUUCCUUUACGAACGCGAACCGAGUACGGCGGCGCGCCCGCUCCGCUUAGCCCCCCUUCCCCCCGGUGCUCGUCGAGGCCCGAAUAGGCCCAGAACGACACCAUUGCAACGACAUUUCCUCUCGCCGGCGUCGAGGCCCACAAGGCCCAGAACGCCCGGCCCUUCUUACUGACGCGGCAGUCGCGCGCGCGGGUGGAGCACUCGCCCCCGUAAUUGCCAUUUCGUCACAC